AUGGCGGACGCAGAUUUCGAAUAUCUUCCUCGCGCUGAGGCAACACCGGAGGUAGAGAGUGGUGGAGCCAAAGCUCCUCUCGAUUUGAGCCAUCAUUUCUCCCGAGUCACCAAGAAUCGCAAGGAAAGCAGCAUCAAAUCUUUCUACAAGUAUUUCCAAAUUGCUGGAAUUGGUAAUCUAGCAGGCGGCCUUCCCAAUGCGGCAUUCUUCCCAUACGAUACGCUAGAAGCUCAAAUCGCACAACCAGAACGAUUCAAGCCAACACCGAAUGAUCCUGUUGAUCCGGGGAAGGUGGCAAAUAGGUUUGGGGGAUUGAGCUUGGGGAAAACCCAUCACGAUGUUACUGCUCCUUCACAUUUGACUGUGCCGCAUGCUUCGAGCGUCACGAACCCGCUGCAGAAGAUCGAUUUGACAUCCGCGUUGCAAUAUGGACUUGCUCAGGGAUAUCCGCCACUAUACUCUUUCCUACGACAGUUCACGAGGGAGAAUCUACAUCCAAACGUUCCCUAUGCUGGUGGGCCUGAGAUCAUCUUGACGGUGGGAAGUACCGACGGUCUUGCAAAGACAGUGGAGGCUCUCAGUAAUAUUUGGAGUGAGGAGCGGGAUUGGAUUCGGGAGAGGGAGGGUAUCCUUUGCGAAGAAUUUGCGUACAUGAAUGCGGUUCAGACUUGUAGGCCACGAGGGCUGAAUGUUGUGCCUGUGAAAAUCGAUUUCGAGGGUAUGCUCCCGGGUGGUAAGGGCGGUCUUGAGGAUGUGCUCGCAAAUUGGGAUGAGAGCAAGGGAAAGAGACCUCACUUGAUGUAUACCGUUACCAUUGGACAAAAUCCAACCAGUGGGACUCUAUCUGUAAAACGAAGGAAGGAGCUUUACGCUAUCUGCAGCAAAUACGAUGUCAUCAUCAUCGAGGAUGAUCCGUACUGGUAUCUUCAAUUCCCCUCUGCGGUUGGGAAGGAGGCAGAAGCUCGUGGUCUCGCAACCCCAAGGGCUGAAGAACCACAUAAAUUCGAAAACUCAUCUGGAUUUCCCUUCCUCGACAGCCUCGUCCCUUCCUAUUUGAACGUCGAUUAUGAUGGACGUGUUGUCCGCCUCGACACUUUCUCCAAGACUGUUGCACCUGGCUGCAGACUUGGCUGGAUUACAACCCAGCCCGCCAUUGUCGAGCGUAUCUUGCGCAUCACAGAAUCCUCAACUCAACAACCUUCUGGAUUCGUCCAGUCUAUGGUCGCCGAACUUCUGAUGGGCCCUCAACCAGCAGUCUCUGAGUUCGCCAAGAAGUCUAAGGCAGACCAACUCACCUUCACAGGAUGGAAAGUGGAUGGUUGGGUCAGAUGGCUUGCCGGUCUGAGAGGCCAAUACGAACGACGAAUGAACCGAAUGUGUGAUAUCCUAGAAAGCAACCGCUACCAACUGAAGCAAGGCACUCCAACCAAGUCAAGCGAGAGCGAUUGGGCUGUCAUAUCGAAAACCGAAAUGUACAAUUUUGACUGGCCUCGUGCUGGUAUGUUCGUCUGGAUACAGAUGUUCUUCGAUACUCAUCCAUUGGCCAAAGAGGUCGACGGGCCUACUCUUUCUCAGUCAUUCUGGGUGUUCCUUACACGAAAGCCAUAUUUGAUCCUUUUAGCUCCAGGAGCUAUCUUCAGCCCUACCCCAGAGAUUAUGGCCGAGAAGGGAUGGCAAUACUUCAGAGCAUGUUUCGCAGCUGUAUCUGAAGAAGAGAUCGAAAGAUGUUCUCAGGGAUUUGCGGACGGUGUGAAGGGAUUCUGGUUGAUCAAGGACAAAAAGGAUCUACCUAGCGUCGAAGAUGAUAUCGAAGCUGCGCAAGAAGGGUUGAUGGAUUUGGGUAUGAACAUGGCUUGUUAG